UUUUAAUCGAAGGAAAGACUCAGUUGCUUUUUUAUCCUUGAUUUAUUAAGAGGCUUGCAUUUAUGUUUCAUUUUUGAAUUGGCAGCAAAUCUGCAACAAAAAGCUUAACGCAAAUAUUUAUCAUUCAAAAGGACAAAAUUCUCAAUGAGAGUAUAAAAUGUAUCAAGAAUGUAAAAUGAUUAGAUUUUAUUCAUUAAUUAAAAAAUAUAUAAACUGUUAAUUGAAUUUUUUGUCGUUUCUUCGUUUUUAAAAUCAUUUAGCAUAAAAUAAUUUCAUUUCAAAUCGUAUGAAUCAGAAUUUUGUGUCAUAAAUAGAUGUGAUGUCAAUUUGACAUUGUCAAAACCUCCACACUUGUAAACAUAACCUUAUCUGUUGGACUGUUGGAAAUAUUUAUAGAUGCCAGGUUUAACUCAGGAUUCAGUGGACCCUCUUGAUUCAUUAGAAUCUCAAAUUGAAGAAUUGGAGAGAAGAAUUAUCGGAGAUUGUGAAAUUUCUGAUAAAGACACUCCCAUUGUUGAAUCCCUAAUUCAAAGCAAUAAUGCCAUACAUAACGCCAUAUCAAGUCACAAUACAAUUAAAGCUCUCUUUGAUAGAUUAGAUCAGUUAGGAAAGUUCCUUGACCCUUCAUUUGAAGACUCUCUGAUCGAUACAGCAUGCAAGAAAAAGGUUGUUUUAGAAUCCGAGAAAGAAUUACGUCAGUUCUUAUUGCAAUCAAAGAAACUUAGUGAAUUAAAUAAUAUCCUUAGUGGUGAGCCAUUCAAGAAAGUUCCUAAUUUAGUAGAACAACUUCGUAAAGUGUCCGAGGAAACAUUGAGGACUCAAGGUGAUUAUGAUAAGUUAAAAAUAAAAGUUAAGGAUCUCUCUGAGAACUAUAUUAUUGCUGUUAAAGCAUUGAGUAGAUCAUUCUAUGUUUUCGAAACUCAACUCUCUGAAUCUGAAGAAGGAGAUAAAGUAAAAAAGCCAAUUGAUGAUUAGUUUUUGUAUUUAAUUGGAAAUGAAUUUACAAAAAGAAUUAAGGUACAUCCACCUGCCUGACAAUGAAACUUUUGCUGCUUUGAAUGAAUAUAAACAACUAUUAUUAUCACUCAUCAAUAAAAAGGUUUUAUCUCUCACCGCAAUCAACGGAAAUACUGAUUUUCUAUGUAAUAGUUCAUUGGAAGAGAUUAUGUUCAAAAAUGAAAUCUUGUCAAUUAUAAAUUCAACUGUCAUUAAAUUACCUGGUUUUUGUGUUUAUGCUGGUUUAAUUAUUAGUUCAAUGCUAAUUAAGUUAUGGUAUGAGGCAAACCAGAACUUUGACCUACUAAAAAUUACAAAAAGACUAAUAGAAUUCAAGGAUAUUCUGGAAGAAUGCUUAAAUAGUUUGAAAUGCUCUAGUGUUAAUGUUUUAAGUUUAGUAUCUCUUCAGUUUAGUUUAAAAAAGUUAUUGCUUCAGGAGCCAGCACUAAUGUUAACUAAAGAAUCGUUAAACAAACUUUCUUUUGAAAUUGUAAAAGGAGUAAUUGUUAAAAUUGGUGUCGAUGAAGUGUUCAAUCCUGAGCAAGUUUAUAUUCUAGUUAGAAAUGGACCUGAAUAUUUUUCUAUGAUCAACGGUGUUAUUUGUGAGGUUGACGAUACAACAAGUAACCUGAUAAAAAGGACUAUUCCUAAAUUAAGUAUUGAGAAUAAGAUGCUUCUAUUUACAGAAAAUAUCUGUGAUUCUGAUAGAUUUAUGCUAAUUCUUAAUAUAAUCUUAAGUAAUGAAAUUAAGUUGAUCAUGUGCCAGAAAAAAAUUUCUAGUUCAUUAAAAGUGAUAUUUAGACGGAAUAAUAUCAUUGCAGUCGAAAGGAUUGGACUUGAAGUAGCCAAAUGUCUGGAACAGACAACCAAUUGUGUCCCUAUUUGCAGUAUAAACAAUUUAGAGAUAAAUAGCACUCUCGCUUAUGCUGGCAGUUUCACCACAUUUGACAUUCAAUGUUUGACUGGGUUAAACUAUAUUGUUAUUGAGAAAGAAGGAUGUAGAUUUUCCACACUGUAUAUUAGUUGUAGGUCUUUCAGUAAUUCAUCCUACACUAAGAAAAUUUGUCUCCACAGCAUCAAGUUUGUCUACUCCAUGAUUAAAACUCCCUACUUAUUACCUGGACCUAUCACCUUUGAAGAAAAACUGAUUAAUUGCUUAAAAAAUAAAAUUGUUGCUGGUAAAUUGAUGAAUGAGAUAGUGUCUGUGUUUUGUAGUAUAUUGGAUGAAAUAAAGAUUUCAUUCAAAGAUUCAAAGUGCGAAUAUGGUUCUUGUGAAGAGAUUGAAUCAAGUUGGGACUGUUAUCGCAUAAAGAAAAAUGCUUUAAUUUACAGUUUAGAUACGGUAAUUAAUUGUCUUAGUAUAGGUAUGAUUGUGAGAGUGUAAAAAUUAAGUUAUGUUUGUUUCCACUUUAUUAUUAAAAUAUCUUUUUUACCCAUAGUAUUUCUUUCUUACCUUCCAAUAAUCUUUAAGUAAUUUCUAUUUUUUAUACACAUCUAAUCGAACGUUUUUCCAGCACUGUUUAAUUUUCAUUUCAUUUUACCAUUUUCAGUUAUAGUUUUUAUUUUUAGUUUAAAUCAAAACUUAAAAAUAUUACUUAUUAAAAUUAUUUGAUUCCUUAUUGGUGGUGUGAAAU